AUGCUGUAUGCUUUGCCCGCCCACACCUCCCACAUCUUGCAGCCGCUGGACGUCUCUGUGUUUUGCCAUUUCAAACGUCUUCUGGACGUUGGGUUGUGGUUCGAGAUGACGGGCAUUUACCCGUUGUCGCUCGAUGUCAUGACAUCCAAGAUUCCUGGGGACAAGCCUGGCACCAAGUCCUCACGGACAAAGAUGCAAGCGACGCCUGAUCCAAGAAUUCACAGAGCGAAUAAGUGCUCCAACAGCGAUGACGUUUGGGUUCACGGUGGUUGCCUUAUGACCUCCGAAGAAAUCGCGACGAAGUGGCCGAAAAAGACCAAGAAGGUGGAACGCGAAGCAGAACUCAAAGUCAAGAAGAAGGUGUUGGUCCAAAAAUAG